UUUCAAUUAAUUUGAUUUGGGUUUUUAAGUUUUUAUCAAAAUAAUUCAAUCUCUGAAUUUCUUUUUUCUGGGAAAAUUAAGAUGGAAAAGAGUGAUGAAAUGAAGAAAAAUGAGCAACAAGAAUUGAAACAUCUGGGUUUUGUGAGAGCUGCUGCAAUCAAUACAAUCGUGUGGUUGACAAAUCUUUAUGAUUAUGCUAAGAUUAAUUCUGGACCGUUGAGAUCAGCUGUUGGUACUGUUGAAGGUGCUGUUACUACUGUGGUCACUCCUGUAUACAAUAAAUUCAAGGAUGUUCCUGAUCAUCUCCUUGCUUUUCUUGAUCAAAAGGUUGAUGUAGCUAGUGCCAAAUUCGACGAGCAUGCACCUCCAUUGGCUAAGCAGGUGGUAACCCAAGUCAACGUUGUGAUCGAUCAAACAACCCAACUAGCCAAAGAGGUGGUUCACCAAGCCCAAGUUGGCGGUCCUCUAGCAGCAGCCCAAUAUGCUGCUAAUGAAUCGAAGGAGUUGGUUCUAUGUCAAUCAGUGAAAAUCUGGUCAAAGCUCGACAAGUUCCCACCCAUUCACAUGGUAGCUGAGAUGACAGUUCCAACAGCUGCACAUUGGUCUGAAAAAUACAACAAAACGAUCUCAGAAUUAAGAGGGAAAGGGUACGAUGUAUUCAGCUAUGUUCCAUUGAUACCAAUUGAUGAGAUCUCCAAGGCUUUUAAGCAGUCCAAGGGUGGAAAUGAAGGUGAAGUUGAUCCCUCAGCUCGUGAAGUGGCCGCAUCACAAUGAGACCUAUGUAGUCUAAUUUUCUAUGUUCAUCAUUUGGUUUUAGCUUGCUAGAAUUAUGUACUGGUAGUUGUGAAACUCUUAUGUGAGCAAACGUUGGAAGCUUUGGAAAUAUUGUGUACAUGAUGAUUAGACAUGCAUCAGUAAACUGAAUCAUGCAUUUCUUCUGGGCACCAUAGACUAUAUUAUCUCGUUUAAUCUGUAAUCUUCUUAU